CCUGGUUGUUCAAGUGAGCUCUCUAGAGUUGAGACAACAGAUGCACAACUUAUUCAAAUUAAGAUAACUACUGCAGGCCUGUGGUCACAAAAUGACUCUGAACUUAAUAUUGAAGAUGCCCCUGGAGGAUUAACUGUAAGAGAGAGUUUGGAAGUUGCAAAUGACGGAGAUGAAUUGACAUUUUUGGCUGCAAAAUUUUGGUUAAACUGGUUUGGUUCAGGUGCUAGAAGGGGUAAGUUGGCACCAAAGCUCUGGAAAUCAGAUACAGAAAUUAUAGAACAUCAAGGAGAGAGUACUGGCGUGGAUCAAUGCUCAAAAUCUGCAGUCGAUGACACAGUCAUCAAACUUGACAAAGAGGAGCUCCCCAUUAGUUUCUUGGUAUCAGUCAAGGAGACUUUUAAGGCAGCAAUUGUUCACUUUGGUAGAAGGUGGAACCGACGAAUUUUAUUUAUCUAUAGACAUACAAAGCAGAUACUGACCAACUUGUGGAAGCUAUCUAAUGUUGCAGGAAUUCAUUUAGAUCUUGAUGUCUCUAAGUGGUCGCGGAUUCUUCAUUUGGACAGGCUUCAGUCGGCUGCAGUGCAAUGGCUCGUGAGAAGAAGUAAAAGUUUUGAACCAACAUACUUGUAUACUAGAGAAAAGGGAUAUUUUUUAUUACCAGAAGGAGCUAAGUCUAGGCAUAAUAUCCAAACAGUUAAUGUAAGCAUACCAGCCCAACAUUCAUGCUUUGGAAACAGAUGGCAGCAACUCCUCAUAAACAGAUUUGUUGGGUAUGAUACCAUCUUGAUGAAUAGUUUACUGACGUUUCCUGGUCAAGGCUAUCUUUACAAUUACCAAACGAAGGAGUUUUACAAUCUUAGUUAUGCAUUUGAGCCGCCAGAUGGCCCUGCAAGAUUUGGAGACUACUUCGUAACCAAGUGUGGUGUGCUCAUGAUGUCACUCUUUGUUUUCUUCACUACCACUAUGUCGGUGUCAUUUACAUUGAGGGAGACGCAGGCUCGCAUGUUGAAGUUUACAGUGCAGCUUCAACACCAUGCUCGGCAUCAACUUCCAACGUUUCAGUUGAUCUUUGUGCACGUAAUUGAGUCACUUGUCUUUGUUCCAAUUAUGAUCGGUAUACUAUUUUUCCUGUUUGAGUUUUAUGAUGAUCAGCUCUUGGCAUUCAUGGUCUUGAUCCUGGUGUGGUUAAGUGAAUUAUUUACACUCAUAAGUGUGCGGACUCCAAUAUCGAUGAAGUUUUUUCCCCGCUUUUUUCUGCUCUAUUUUCUAGUUUUUCAUAUUUAUUUCUUCUCCUAUGCUUAUGGUUUUUCAUAUUUGGCUCUUUCUACAACUGCCGCCUUUAUGCAGCAUCUGAUUCUAUAUUUUUGGAACCGCUUUGAGGUACCGGCUUUGCAGAGGUUCAUGCAAAACAGACGAUCUCAACUACAUCAACAUCCUGACUUCCAUAUUACCUCUUCUACCAUUCUUGCUUCCACAUUGCAUAUUACAAGGUUAAACACAAGGAAUCCCGGUGCACUAAAUACAGAUCCAAACUCUGGGACUGAUUCGAGAUCUGCACCCGAAACUAUGCCCCCUGGACCUGGAGAUAUGACCGGAGAAGUUCCCCAUCUUCAAGAGCAAAUAGAAAAUGAUGGUCUUGACACAGCACGCGACACAAUUCAAAUUCCGGGACAAGAACUUGGGCAACCGAGGACUGCAAAUUCUUUUAGUUCUCUGCUGUUUUCGAUCUUGGGAGGGCGAGGGGCUACUUCUGAAGGUAUUAACUCACUACGUUCGAUGUUCCGAGAUGGAAGGACGCAUGGACAAGGUUAUACACAAUCACCUACUGAGGAAAACAAUGAGAAUCAGAACGUUCAAUAGUGCUGGAUUGUCAUGGUUGAAAAUUAAUCCAUAGGUGUUGAUAUUUUCCUAGUAGUGUAUGUAAGUUGAACAUUGAUUCGGGGCGGGGUCGUUGGCGGUGGCGGGUAAGCAAAGGAGGAGAAAAGAAAAGAAAGGGUAGUAGGUAGAAUGAUAUUUUAUCUAAUUGGCUGUGUUACAUGACUGGCCUUAACUCCUAUUAUUGAUUAUAACAAUGAAAAAAAGUAUACUUAAUGGCAUUAUGAUGGGAGGGGAUCCUAUUUCUUGUGUGUA